UCCCCUCCCUUGGAGCCUCAUCACUAAGUGUCUCCAAGUCUGCCUCCUCACUUCCCGACUUCCACAGUGGCACUUUGACUGUGCUCCCAGACCUUGCAGGUACUCUGAGGUGGAUGAGAUCCCCUCAGUGUUGUGAGUAUCGGCGAUGUGUGUCUGCGCGGAGAGGUAGGAGUCUGAAGUCCUCUGUACUCUGAUUCUGCUGGGCGUCGGUGUCCCCGUCGAGAUGGGCAGGUACUGGCUGCUGCCUGGGCUUCUCCUUUCCCUGCCUCUGGUAACAGGGUGGAGCACUUCCAAUUGCCUGGUGACGGAAGGCUCCCAACUCCCCCUGGUCGCCCGCUUCUUCACUUUCUGCCACCGUGACUCCAAGCUAUCCUUUCUUGCUGCGUGCUUCUCUGUGAGCAACCUGACACAGACCCUGGAGGCUGUACCUCGAACCGUGGAGGGGCUCUGCCUUGGUUCUGUGCCUACUCUGCCUCCUGAUGCUUUCUCUGCUUUUCCUGGACUCAAGGUCCUGGGACUGAUUUUGCACUUUACCCGACUCAUGCCAGGAGCAUUCCGGGGCCUGGGACAGUUGCGGUACCUCUCUAUUUUUGGCCAACCUUUUGGGAAGAAAUCUCUCUUUCUACCUCCUGAUGCCUUUGCAGACCUGAUUUCCCUCCAGAGUCUCCAUAUCUGUGGCCCCUGCCUGGAUGAGAAGGCAGGUAUCCAUCUGCCUCCCAGUCUGCAAUGGCUGAGCAUCACGCUCAGUUGCCUUCAGGAUGCCGGGGAGCUGGCUGGCAUGUUCCCAGAUCUGGUGCAGGGCUCUUCCUCCAAGGUUUCCUGGACCCUGAAGAUGUUGGAUCUUUCAUCAAACUCGCAGCUGAAGAUGGCUAGUCCUGGGUCCCUCCAGGGUCUCCAGGUGGAGAUUCUGAACCUGAGAGGAACACCACUGGAUGUGGUAUCAGUGAAGGGCCUGGGACUUCAGAAACUCAAUGUCUUGUAUGCACAGAAUGCCACGGCCAAGCUAGCUGCUGAGGCCGUUGCCCACUUUGAGCUUCAGGUCCUGGAUGUGGGACAAAGCAAGAUAGGACCUAUAUCUCAGGAGGCCCUGGCUUCCUUCCAUAGCCUGAAGACUUUGGGUCUUUCAAACACUGGCCUGACUGAGCUGCCACCAGGCUUCCUGGCUGCCAUGCCUAGGCUUCAGAGACUGGACUUGUCCAGAAACCAACUGCAGAGCACCAUGUUGUGCAUGAAUGAGACAGGGGACGUGUCAGGACUCACGACUCUGAAUCUGUCAGGCAAUGGGUUGCGCAUCCUGCCUCCGGGCACCUUCUCCUGUUUACCACACUUGCGAGAGCUCCUGCUUCAGAGCAACCAGCUGCUUUCCCUGGAGGGGCACCUAUUCCAGGAUCUACAGCAGCUAGAGACCUUGAAGCUGGAUACAAAUCCCCUGCUUAACCUGGAUAAGGACUGGUUGGCCACUCUGCCCGCAUUGACCACCCUUAGCCUGCUAGACACCCAGAUACUGCUGAGCCCAGAACCUGGCUUCUGGGGAGCCAAGCGUCUGCAUACCUUGAGCCUGAGGCUUCCCGCUCUCUCUGCUCCGGCAGUCUUGUCUCUGCCCAUGUCUCUGACCAGCUUAGAGCUUUAUAUAGCCCCAGGCACGAAGCAUUGGACGCUGUCCCCAAAUAUCUUUCCUUUCUUGGAGAACUUGACUAUACACGGCAGGGGACUGAAGCUGGGGGUCCAGAAUGCCUCUGAGGUCUUCCCUGCUCUCCAGAAGCUCUUCCUGCUCCAGAAUAGCUUGGAUGCCUUCUGUUCCCAGGACACCUCCAAUAUUUUCCUCUGGCAGCUCCCCAAACUUCAGUCUUUGAAGGUAUGGGGUGCCGGAAGCAGCUCCAGACCCUGCCUUAUCACUGGGCUGCCCAGCCUACGGGAGCUAAAGCUGGAGUCACUUCAAUCCAUAACCCAGCCCCGUUCGGUUCGGCUGGAGGAGCUAGUGGGUGACCUUCCACAGCUCCAGGCGUUACUGCUAUCCAGCACAGGGCUCAAGUCACUGUCAGCCACUGCUUUCCAGCGCCUACACCGUCUCCAGGUCUUAGUGCUAGACUUUGAAAAUGAAUUGGUGCUGCAGGAUAGUCUGAGGGAGUACAGCCCUCAGUUACCUCGCUAUAUAUACAUUCUGAACUCAAAGUUGGCCUGCCAGUGUGCCAAUGCGUGGAUGGAGCUGUGGGUUAAGCAGUCCACUAAAACGUACAUACACAUAAGAGACAAUCACUUAUGUCCAGGAGAAGUCAGGGUCCCUGCCAGGGAUUCCCUUACCUCCUUUCUCUGGGACCACUGCCCCCAGACUUCGGAGCUGAUGCUCUUUUUGGCCAGUUCUGCCUUGGUGUUACUGCUAAUUGCCUUGCCUCUCUUCCAAGAAGCCAGAAACACUUGGAUCCUCUACCUGCAGGCCUUGUUCAGGGUUUGGCUCCAGGGUCUGAGGGGUAAGGGAGGCGAGGGGAAGAGGUUCCUUUUUGAUGUAUUCGUGUCCCACUGCAGGCAAGAUCAGAGCUGGGUGAUAGAGGAACUUCUGCCUGCUCUGGAGGGCUUCCUUCCAGCUGGCCUGGGCCUACGCCUCUGCCUCCCCGAGCGUGACUUUGAACCUGGUAAGGAUGUCGUGGAUAAUGUAGUAGAUAGCAUGGUGAGCAGCCGUACCACACUCUGUGUGCUGAGUGGCCAGGCCUUGUGUAACCCCCGAUGCCGCCUGGAGCUCCGCUUGGCCACCUCUCUCCUCCUGGCUGCCCCGUCCCCUCCAGUGUUGCUGCUGGUCUUCCUGGAACCCAUUUCCCGACACCAGCUUCCCGGUUACCACAGACUUGCUCGACUGCUUCGACGGGGAGACUACUGUCUGUGGCCUAAGGAAGAGGAAAGAAAGAGUGGGUUCUGGACCUGGCUGAGGAGCAGGCUAAGGCAGCCAUAGCCAGCACAGGUGUAGGGUGGCACAUUUGAUUUUGGGGUGGGGGUAGGGAAAGCAAGCCUGCCUGUCAAGGAGUCAUUGUGUGUAUUUGUGGGUGUGGGGGAAUAGUGGGUCUCAGAGGCUGAAGUCAGCGUUUUGCAGAUGAAGGAAUCCAUAUGCUGGGAAGACAGGUUUUGUGGGGACUGGAGGUUGAAUGAGGAAAGCUGAGAGAUGGAAGGCGCCCACGGGGCAUGUGACAUUCCCAGGGUCUUCAACUCCUCAGUACACUUGCUAAAUCCAUGAAAUGCUUGGCUUGGUUGAACUUUUUAUUUAGUGGAAAUGCAAGAGGCAGAGGGCAAAGCGGGAAAGGAAGGCGGCAAUUCAUGGGGGACGUUGGGAAGUGGGGGAGGCUUUCCUAAGCUAUGGAACUUGGGGCCAGGCCAAGUUCAACCUGAUCUCCAUACGCCACUGGGUCCUUUCGAGUCAAGGGUCAUAGAAGCUGCUGUGGUUUCACUUCUGUCAAUGUGAUAGAACACCUGGACCAAAAUUAACUUAAA